CUAUGUGACACAAUUACAACAACUUUGAGCCGAUGGUUGGGGAAGUUUGCGAUAUUAUCAAAUUACACUCAGUCGUAAAAACCCAACAUUACAUCAACUUCAUGCAUAAAUUGGCGCUGGAAUAUACGCUGUGUUUUGAUGUACAAUGAGGAGGGUGGAAGGUAACUUGAAGGGAUCAUUUCCUUGAGGAUUUGGCAAGAAUUACGCUACGCCCCGUUUUAGUCCUGGAUAAGGUGUGCAGCACUUUCGUUGUUAUUGCAUUUCGCCGGAGUUGCUCGGUCCUGUUUAUUCUCCCCAUUUCUUUCCCAUGAAAUCGUGCGGAGUGUCGCUCACCGCCGCUGCCUCUGCUGCUGCUCGGAGUCUCGGCGUUGCUGGUAAUGACGAGGAGAAAAUGGCGUCGGGAAAAGCGACUGAAAUCGAAGAGGACUUUCCGAAGCUAACAGCGCAAGAGAAAGACCGCCUGGUCGGAAUUGACAGUUCACUGUUUGGAUUUCAUAGGCUUCAAGAAGAUGGCGCCAGAACGAAGGCCUUGCUGUUAAAGGCUGUUAGCUGCUAUGAUGCUCUCAUUCUGAAAGCAGAGGGGAAAGUGGACCCUGAAAUUUUCUGCCAGCUGGGCCAUUUCAACCUCCUGCUGGAGGACUAUCCAAAAGCAUUAUCUGCAUACCAGAGGUACUUCAGUUUACAGUCGGACUACUGGAAGAAUCCUGCCUUUUUAUAUGGGCUUGGCAUGGUUUACUUCCAUUAUAAUGCAUUUCAGUGGGCAAUCAAGGCGUUCCAGGAGGUGCUUUACAUCGACCCCAGUUUCUCAAGAGCUAAAGAGAUUCACCUGAGACUGGGACUCAUGUUUAAAGUCAACACAAACUACGAGUCAAGCUUGAAGCAUUUUCAGCUGGCUUUGAUCGACUCGAAUCUCUGCACUUUGUCCAAAGCUGAAAUUCAGUUCCACAUUGCUCAUUUGUAUGAGAUCCAGAAGAAGUACAGAGCGGCGAAAGAAGCUUAUGAAAGUCUGUUGCAGACGGAAAAUCUUCCUGCACAGGUGAAGGCAACCACACUGCAACAACUUGGCUGGAUGCAUCACACGGUGGAGCAGUUGGGGGAUAAAGGCACCAAGGACAGCUAUGCCAUCCAGUGUCUGCAGAAGUCUCUAGAAGCAGACCCGAACUCUGGCCAGUCCUGGUACUUUCUCGGCAGGUGCUACUCCAGUAUUGGGAAGGUGCAGGAUGCCUUCAUCUCCUAUCGUCAGUCCAUUGAUAAGUCGGAGGCCAGUGCUGACACCUGGUGCUCCAUAGGGGUGCUCUACCAGCAGCAGAACCAGCCUAUGGACGCGCUGCAGGCUUACAUCUGUGCUGUUCAACUGGACCACAACCACUCCGCCGCCUGGAUGGACCUGGGCACCCUCUACGAAUCCUGCGGCCAGCCGCACGACGCUAUCAAAUGCUACAUCAAUGCUACGCGCAGCAAGACUUGCCUCAACACUGCUGCACUCACACAACGCAUCAAACUGCUGCAGGCUCAAUUGUGUAACCUACAGCCAGGUAGUCUGCAGAAUAAGAGUAAAAUGCUUCCUAGUAUUGAGGAGGCAUGGAGCCUACCCAUUCCUGCUGAGCUCACGUCCAGGCAGGGGGCCUUGAACACUGCACAGGCACAGCAGGCCUGUAAGGGGGAGGGAGGCCAGGCCGCCAGCAAUCACACAGACCCACAGGCCAGUCCUGCCAAAAGGAAACGCACUGCCAGCCCAGCAAAGGGUGCUACAGAUUCAUGGGCAAACAGUCCCAAUCAACAGCAGAUUCCCAGCUGGUACCUAACGCCACAGAAGCUUCAGCUCCUGGAUCACUUGCGGACCAACCAAGCUAACCUCAAGCCUCUCCAGGUGCAGAUGCUGGAGCAGCUGGAGAAUCAGUUCUCCGUCAUGCAGCAACAUCAGCAGCAGAUGAGGCAGCAGGCAGCAGCGGGUGGCCAGCCACGGCCCAGCCUUCCCAACGGUCCUUUGGCUGAGUCCUCUCACCACCACGCUGGCCUCUCGCGCACCUCCCCUCUGAAUCACACAGCCAUCCGACCCCCGUGUGUCACCCAGCCCACAGCCAAUGGAUCCUGUUCUUCGAGUCCUUCGUCGGCGCCGCUGGGCCACCAGGACACGGGCUCUCGGGGCAAAAAUCACACCCUGGGACUGGGAGGUGGCGGCACGAGCAACGGAAACGUGCCUUACCCGCAGCAGAACUCUCUACCUCACAACUGCACAGCCGCCAGUCACCCCAGCACCAGCAGCACUACCAGUAGUCCCAGUCAUGCAGACGAGACAUGGAGGAGCCAACAACGCAACACUACGACUCAGGGGCUUCAAAAAGGUCCAGGUUCACAUUCGGCAGGUCCCAAUGGAGAACCCCCUUUCUCUUCCUCCUCCUCCCCUCAGACCUCUUUUUCUUCCUCUGGCAUUCUGAAUCAGGUUGGACAUUCUUCUGGGCCCUGCACUGCCUCCUCCUCAGCCUCCUCUUUGUCCCCCACCUCUCCCCAGACCACGCCCAACCACUUGUCCUCACCCCCCCACUCCGCUACUACCUCAGGGGUCCACACCAAAGACACCGCGCCUUCAGGGGGCAAGAAUGGCAGCAGUGGCGCUGCUGCCACUUUGCCAUCAGGUCCUGAGGCCGCCGUCAGGCAUUCCGCAGGGACACCCCUAAGUCCCAGCACCACACCCGCGCAGGGAUUGACUAAUCACGUCCAACCGCGGGUGACGGACAGCUCUGCUAGCCUGUCUCAGCCUGGCUCUCCCGCCCCCGGCGUGCUCAGUUCAGACAAUCCUCAGCUCUCAGCCUUGCUAAAGGGAAAAGCCAAUACAACCAGUAAUGACGAUAACAAUAACUGUAGUAACCAUGGAGGGCCUUCCUCAGAGAAAAUCAACAACGUCCACCCGGGUCUCCACGGUGCUGCCAAACCAGUUACAGAGCACUCGUCGGCAUCCUCGCCACUUUCAGCCACUGCUACACCCUCUCCCCGCUCAGCAGACCCACACGCCACCAACAGCCUCUCCUGCCUUAACAGCCCGUCCAACACCAACAGUCAGGGGCCCACUGUCAACGGGAAGGGGCCGGAGGACUCCCAGAGCCCAAUGAAGGUAGAGCCUUCUGCAGGAACUCAUAGACACAAAAACGCUGCCGGUUUGUCACCCUGGUCCUCGGUUUCCAUCUACCCCAGCUCCAGUGAAGUGCUCAAAGCAUGCAGAAACUUGGGGAAGAACGGCCUGUCGACUAGCAGCAUCAUCCUGGACAAGUGUCCCCCGCCACGACCCCCUCACACACCCUCCCCUCCACUGCCAAAGGAAAAGCUCAACCCCCCGACGCCCAGUAUUUAUCUAGAAAACAAGCGGGACGCCUUCUUCCCUCCUCUCCAUCAGUUCUGCACCAACGCCGCCAACCCGGUCACCGUCAUCAGAGGACUGGCUGGAGCACUCAAACUAGACUUGGGCUUGUUCUCGACCAAGACGCUGGUGGAGGCAAAUCCAGACCAUCUGGUGGAAGUGCGGACCCAGUUGGCUCAGCCCACUGAUGAAAACUGGGACCCCAGUGGCAGCAGGAAGAUGUGGCGCUGCGAGAGCAGCCGCUCCCACACCACCAUCAUGAAAUAUGCCCAGUACCAGGCCUCCUCCUUUCAGGAGUCUCUGCGGGAGGAGAAUGAGAAGAAGAAGGAGGUGGAGGCAGAAGCAGGUUCCUCAGACAGUCUAAUGCGGCGGAGGAAAGGUCCAUUCAGACACCUCAAGUUUGGCACCAACAUCGACCUCUCCGAUGAAAAGAAGUGGAAACAGCAGCUUCAGGAGUUGAGUAAGCUGCCGGCCUUUUCUCGGGUGGUUUCAGCCGGCAACCUGCUGAGCCAUGUGGGACACACCAUCCUGGGCAUGAACACGGUCCAGCUCUACAUGAAGGUGCCAGGGAGCAGGACACCAGGUCACCAAGAGAACAAUAACUUCUGUUCAGUCAACAUCAACAUUGGUCCUGGCGACUGCGAGUGGUUUGCCGUGCCUGAACCGUACUGGGGCGUCAUCAACGACUUCUGUGAAAAGAACAACAUCAACUUCCUGAUGGGUUCCUGGUGGCCCAACCUGGAGGACCUGUAUGAGACCAACGUGCCUGUUUAUCGCUUCAUCCAGCGUCCCGGGGACCUGGUGUGGCUCAACACAGGCACUAUCCACUGGGUUCAGGCCAUCGGCUGGUGCAACAACAUCGCAUGGAAUGUCGGACCCCUCACGGCCCAUCAGUACAAGCUGGCAGUGGAGCGCUACGAAUGGAACAAACUGCAGAGUGUGAAAUCCAUCGUCCCCAUGAUCCACCUCUCCUGGAACAUGGCUAGGAACAUCAAAGUGUCGGACCACAAGCUCUUUGAGAUGAUCAAGUAUUGUCUGCUGCGCACUCUGAAGCAAUGUCAGAUGCAACGGGAGCUGCUGUUGGCUGCUGGGAAGGAGCUGGUAUGGCACGGGAGGACCCAGAACGAACCGGCACACUACUGCAGUAUCUGCGAGGUGGAGGUGUUUGACUUGCUGUUUGUAACCAGCGAGAGCAACAGCAGGAAAACAUACGUGGUGCACUGCCAGGACUGCGCACGAAGAGGCAACGCUAACCUGGAUAACUUUGUGGUGCUAGAGCAGUACAAGAUAGAUGACCUCAUGCAGGUUUAUGACCAGUUCACACUUGUAAGUAUGAGGCACAAACCCACCAGCAGGACCAGUCCUAAUCAGACCAAAAUGAACUUUUUUCCACUUUAAUGUCAGAACCAGUCAUGGUUUGAGUUUUGUGUUUUCUCUCUGCAGGCAAGUCCCUUGCCUUCCUCUUGAUGGUAACAUUCUGUUGUUCUGAGGACAGUUUGAACCACAACGGACUUAAUCAGAAACUCUCCGGAAACCCUUGUUUGUUUGUUUUUUGUUUUUUUCUGAUAUUCAGGAAGUAAGCCGACAGUCCUCCAACUGCGCUCUGUAGCUAUCCCAUAAGGCAGCUGCGUGAAAGCUGUGUGUCUAUGCAACCUGCCCAGAGUGGCGUGCCUCCCCCCAGUGGACUGGAGGGUGACGGCAGCUCCUCCUGUCACCAUGACCAGACUGUUCUACUGCUGGCUCAGCUGGACUUCUCUAGAAAAACACACAUACACACACAUAUGAUCCCACAUUAAAAUGAUGAAAGAAAGUUUUGUACAUAUUAUGUUUUAACUGGCAACAUCGUCACACAGACUACUGACUUCAUGGUUUUCUUUUUUCCUUUUUCAAUUUUUUUUCGUAUUCUGUUCGCGGGUUGAUACAAAAGCUUUUGUUUCCUCCCCUCCAUGAGAUGAGUGAUUAGCGUAGCUUGUCUUUUUGUAUGUUAAGUAGACAAAUCCUUGGUCAGGAAAACAAGAUUUUUUAAAAAUUUGUAAUGUGAAAGUUGAGUGACACAUUCUUUGCAAACAUUGCCCCAUUUUUUCUUUUUCUUUGUCUUCUUUUUUGUUUUUUUAAAUCAGUGAAACCUUUAUUUAGCUGGAACUAUGACGAGUCUUUGGUUACUUGGGGUGGGAGGAAAUCAUUUGUAGACAAACAGCCAAGUCACAGAGAAAAAGGGUUGCACACAGACAAAAGAGUGAACUUUAAUGUGUUUCUUUUUUUAUUUUUUAUUUUCAUGUAAAUUUACAUUAUUUAUAAAAUGCAUAUUUAUUGCUUGAAAAAUAUUUGUUGAUGGAAUGCUGUAAUUUUUUUCCAGAGUACCUGCCAUUAAAUUUGAAGGAGCCUUGUGAUUUUGAGCACGGCCCCUCAUACAUUUUCUAUAUAAAUAAAACUGCUUAGUAAGCAUUGUACAGAGACCUUACCUUGAAAAUGGGUUUAUUGUUUGAAGGAUGUUUUAUGCGUCAAUAAACAAAAAACUGUCUUUAUUUACAUCUGCA